AUGGUGCAGCCUGCGGUUCGCCGCAAUAUCAUACUCCCCAACGAGAUCUUGCAGAAGAUCUUCGCGUUGGUCCUCGAGGGAUCGUCGGCCCGUAGCAAGGCGGGCGUAGACAAGAAGUACUACGAUCUUCUCUCCCGCAUGGGCAUGCUCGGCAAGCUGAUGCGUGUCGACUACAACUUCGCCGUUGUCGCAGUCCCCGUGUUCUAUGAGGUGAACCGCUUCGACUUCUGGAAAUUCGCCCACGGCUCCCGCAAAGACGCCUACCCGGCCAUAAACGAGUUCGGCUGCCGCAUGCCCCCUGCGCUGCCCCCUCUGUGGGCUCACAAGUACCUCCGACAGAUACGCAUCGUUGUGUACCUCUCAGACAUUUGGUGGAACGACGAAUCCCGCGCCUGGUUCCCCAUCAUCUCUGCUGACCAACUCUUCCGAUACUGCCCUGGUGCCCGCAUCCUCCAACUUCUCACCACAAGCAUCACCAAGCUCCGGAGCCUCGAUCUCCAGAUUGAAGAGCUCUUCCACCGUGAGGAUCGCCUGGCAUCGUGCGCUGUUUACCGCUCGGCUGGCUUUCAGAUGCACGCCACGAAGAUCAAAUUUCAAAUCGUCGAACACAAGACGGGUCUUCCUAGUAAGAACAGCGACCAAUGGUAUCCUGAGCUCGCAAAAGCCAUUGGUUUGUGA